AUGAUGGGUAUCGAUCUUAUCGCUGGAGGGAAGAGCAAGAAGACCAAGAGGACAGCACCAAAGUCCGAUGAUGUCUACCUCAAGCUUCUCGUCAAGCUUUAUCGGUUUUUGGUAAGGAGAUCAGACAGCAAGUUCAAUGCUGUGAUACUGAAGAGGCUUUUCAUGAGCAAAGUCAACAAAGCCCCUCUUUCUCUCUCAAGACUCGUUGAAUUCAUGAAUGGCAAGGAGGAUAAGAUUGCUGUGUUGGUUGGAACUGUGACUGAUGAUGUGAGGGUGCACGAGAUUCCUGCUAUGAAGGUUACUGCCUUGAGGUUUACAGAGAGGGCUAGGGCUAGGAUUGAGAAAGCUGGUGGAGAGUGCUUAACCUUUGACCAGCUUGCCCUCAGAGCUCCAUUGGGCCAGAACACGGCUCUUCUUAGAGGACCAAAGAACUCGCGUGAAGCAGUGAAGCAUUUUGGUCCAGCUCCUGGUGUGCCACACAGCCAUUCCAAGCCGUAUGUUAGGGCCAAGGGAAGGAAGUUUGAGAAAGCUAGAGGAAGGCGAAAGAGUCGUGGAUUCAAGGUCUAA